GAUCUCCUGCUCCUCUAUAGUCUCCUGUCAUCCCUCGUCUCUCCCACUCCUACGCCCUUAACUCAAUCCGUUCCUAUCUAUUAUGCAGUUAUAGGCACCCGCACCUCCACCCGGCCACCAUGCGGAUACGGACUCAGCCAGCCGUCGGAUUCGUCGUCUUGCUCUUCAUCGCGGGCUACUUAGGCCUCGCACCGAAUCAGAUCCCCGAGUAUAAGGGCAGCGACAAAGUCCUCCAUUUCCUCACCUUCUUCAUAUUAACACUAUGCUUCUAUUGGACCAUCGAAACAAAUCGCCGGCGCACAUUGCAGCUCACCAUCGCCGUAUGCCCCGCCCUGCUUGGCAUCGGAUCCGAAUUCAUCCAGGCCGCCCUUCCUAAUGGCCGCACCUUCGACCUCUACGAUAUUGUCGCCAACAUCCUCGGCUCUGGCCUCGCCAUCGCCCUGAGCACCUGGUACCACCUGCGCAUGCUCGAGCGGAAACGCCAAGCGAAAGGCUACCAGCCCGCGCCCGGCGAGGAAGAAGACCUCGAGCUUGGGGAGCGCGUCGGAUCGCCGGCAGCACCGCGCGCCCCGACGCUGGAGGAGGAGGUGGAUAAUUGGGAUGAGAAUGCGGAGGAUUGGGAGGAGGAUGAGCAUGUGACAGGGGAGACUCUGGCGGGCGCGGCGGAUGAGGGUGGAGCGCUGCCGCAGAAGAGGAGUGAUUGAUGAUGGGAUAUGUGUCUUCCUGUAUGAUAAAUCGAAUGGAUGUUACGGUUAUGUUUUUCUUGUAUGUUCUGGCUCAUAAUCGGCUGGUUAUUCGUGCAUGGGGAGACGGGAUUCCGGUAUGGGCUUCACAAAAUGCGUCUCCAACACAUCCCAAUAAUCACUCACACAUGGAUAGGUUCAUCAAGCAUGAGCCAGUUGCGAUGAAUUUACAUAUUCAGUGCUAACCAUGCAAUGUCCAUCCCUCAUUCAUUUUUGAAGGAACCAUGCCGUGCAAUAUCAGAUUUUGUAAACCCCACACAGACAUGGGAGACCCAACGCCUCAAUGAUGAAUGAUCCGUCAUUCCCUCUCCACCCUCAUUUACGCAC